AUGAGAGCUGUACGCUUCCAUGGACGAGGUGAUAUCCGCGUUGAUGAGAUCGAAGAGCCAGUUUGUGGUGAUGGUCAGGUCAAGAUUCGACCUGCAUUUGUCGGAAUAUGUGGCAGUGACAUCCACGAGUAUCUUGCUGGCCCAACGAUCGUCCCUGCCACCCCACACCCAUUGACAGACCAAAAGCUACCAACAACACUGGGCCAUGAGUUCAGUGGUACAAUUGAAGAAGUCGGUUCAGGCGUUACAGGAUUGAAGGUCGGGGAUCGGGUUGCAGUGAAGCCUAACCUCUACGACUCCACAUGCUCAAACUGCACAGUGGGCAGGUUCAAUUGUUGUGAGAAAGUAGGAUUUAUCGGGUUCAGCAGUCAGUCAGGUGGUCUAUCGGACCACGCAGUCGUGGAUAGCAGACAUGCAAUUCUGCUACCUGACUCCAUUCCCCUCGAUGUCGGUGCAUUGGUGGAGCCUCUUGCCGUCGCAUGGCAUGCCGUAAGCCGCAGUCCUCUGCAGCUAGGCGACACGGUACUUGUGGUUGGGGCUGGACCAAUCAGUUUGGCUAUCAUCCAAGUACUGAAAGCCAAAGGUAUUACCUCAAUCAUUGCCGCGGAGGUCUCUCCGCGGCGACGUGAAUUUGCCCUGGCCCUGGGCGCCAGUGAGGUCUUUAAUCCUAUUGAAGUGGAUGUGGUUGCACAGGUACUUGCCUUGACAGACAACGUAGGUGCAGCUAUUUCAUUCGAGUGUUCCGGGGUUCAGGCUGGGCUCAAUACUGCGAUCGCUGGUCUCCGGGCGCGUGGCACGACGAUCGUCGUUUCCUUGUGGGAAAAGAAGCCUACUAUUGAUGCUUCUGCCUUCGUAUUCCAGGAGAAGCAUGUCACAGGAGCUGCGCUUUAUGAUGAUGGAGACUUUGAAGCUGUGAUUGCUCAGAUUGCUUCCGGCGGCAUUCAGCCUCACUCGAUGAUCACUAGUAAGAUCCGAAUGGAGGAUAUUGAUGAGAAGGGAUUCAAAGCCCUCAUCGAGGAGAAAGAUAAGCAUCUCGAUCGGGGCGAACCUUCGGAAGUCGGACCUUACUUCUCGUCUGAGAUCCGCCGUAUCCGUAAAGAUUUACUUUCUGGGGCCUCCGUCAUGGAGACCGCGGCGGAAGUAAUUCUGCGACCUGUCCCUCCCCUCAUCCAGAUAAAUGAUACGCGUUAUGUCUCCAACUCAUCUGAGGUUAUCUCGUUACGGUUUUUCCAUGAAUGGCAGAGCUUUAAACAGGAUGUUCUCGAAGCAUCCGAUUCUUUAGAUCUUAGCCAUCCUGUGCCUUACACAGAUGAUGUGUCAGAAAGCUACGUCGUUGGAAGCGGACUUGGUUUGACCGGAAGGUUCUCCAAGAAUGUCUAUGACCCAGUUUCGAAAGUGUUUGCCACUACUUGCCUCUCCCACUUGAAGUUCGGUGAUUAUCAGUCCUCUGCAGGGCCAACGGACACGAGUCAAGUGCCUCAUAUUACUAUGUUCAACACAAUGGGACCACCUCGCCCAGCGGCUGUCGGAGAACUAAAGUCUUUCUGGACAGUUGAACUUGAGGACUAUUCCAUUCGCGAAGGCUAUCAACGGUGA